AUGAAAAUCGAAAUAAUUGAUGAAACAAACAAUUUAAUAAAAUUUAAAAUACAUUCAAAUGUGUCAUUUGCCAAUUCACUUAGAAGAAUAUUACUUAAAGAGAUACCAUCAGUUGCGGUAGAGUUUAUAGAGGUGUCUGAAAACACCUCUAUUUUUGAAGAUGAAGUGUUAGCUAAUAGAAUUGGAUUAAUUCCAAUCAAUACAUCGGACGAUUUAGUAUUUCCAGAAGAAUGUGAUUGUGAAAGCUAUUGUGAGAGAUGUUCUAUAAUAUUUAAUAUCGAUGUAACGAAUAAUGAUUUAACAAAUAUGAAUGUAUAUGGAAAUGAUAUGAUUACUAAUUCAGAUGCAAAUGUACACAACUCAUUAAUAUGUAAGCUGACGUAUAAACAAAAAGUCAAGAUAAAAGCAAUUGCUAGAAAGGGAAUUGGACAUGCUAAAUACUGUAAAGUGACUGCAGUUGGAUUUACAUAUGAUGAAAACAAUUCAAGAAGACACACCAGAUUAUGGAAUGAAGCAAACCAAGAAGUCAAAGAAACAUGGCCUCAAAUUAACGAACCCAAAUCAGUUGACUGGAGUGACGUAAAUGAAGUUAACAUGGAAAUUGAGGUUGUUGAAGGAAAAGGAAGGCCAAGAGAUGUUUUAAUAGAAGCUUUGUCUAUUUAUAAGUUUAAAAUGGAAAAGUUAUUAAGAAAAAUUUAA